AUGCCUCGUCUACAGGAUAAGGUCGUUGUCAUUACAGGAGGUAGCUCAGGCUUUGGCCGUGCUUCCGCCCUCCUUUUCGCUGCCGAGGGCGCGUCAGUUGUCGUUGCAGACGUGCUGGAAAAACCCUUGGCUAAGGGUUUCGAGAACGACCUCGAACAUUCCACCGCUGAUGUCAUUCGCAGCAAUGGCGGAAGAGCAACCUUUGUCAAGUGUGAUGUUACCAAAGCAAACGAGGUCGAUGCCGCUGUCGCGACUGCCGUACUGGAAUUUGGACGACUCGACGUGAUGUUCAACAACGCCGGAAUCUACCGCGGUGGGAAGCUGCUGGAUCAAUUCACAGAGGCUGACCUCGAUGUCACCUAUAAUGUGAACGUGAAGGGAACAUUCUUCGGCGUGCAGUCCGCAGUGCGGCAGUUUCGGAAGCAGGAGAAGAACCCAAAGACAGCUCAGCGUGGCAUCAUUGUCAACCUUGUCUCGACUGCCGGCCUUCAGGGCCAUCCCAGUCAGUCGGUCUAUAACAUAUCAAAAGGUGCACAAGCCAACCUCACUCGCUGCGCUGCCAUUGAAUACGGACAUGAAGGCAUUAGGGUUAACGGCAUCUGUCCAACUUAUGCAAAGACAGCACUUACUCGCGAUCUCUUUGACAACAUGGAGUUUAUGCGCACUUUCACAGAGUCAGUGCCGCUGAAACGUUGGGGCGAGACAGAUGAUGUCGCUAACCUUGCCCUGUUCCUUGCAAGCGAUGAGUCUAGCUACAUUCAUGGCGACCUGAUUCGCAUAGAUGGUGGCGAGACGCUUUGCCGUUACUCAGUCUGA